AUCUGUAUGAGGGGAUCAAGAGAUCCAGGAAAUAGCACGGCUGCCGCGCAUAGAAGGGGCGAUCGGAGGCGGCAUACAUCAUAUGGCCAUAGGUUUUGGAAGACCUUUGCUACAACACACUUGUCGCGAUCUGCGCGUCGGUUGAAACUCUGGACUGACGAGUUGACAGCUUGGAAUGUCGGCAUCAAAGCCGUAUCUCUCAUAUUACGAUGUACGCUUGUGGACCGAGGACAUCAAGGCCCUCAAGAAUGACUGGCUUACAGAUGGGAGCAUUGCCUUCUGGGAAGAAUGGCUUGAGCGAGAGAUCUUGCCUAAGUACCCGCAAGCCCGGAUCGUUCUUCUCCGCCCAGUCAUUUCGCACCUCUUGUUGCAGACCACCGAUCUCAAGGGGGACGCCGCCGCAUUGCCCGACUUUCGGAAGGUGACACACAUCUUCCUGCCAAUUAGUGACAGCCGGGACCGGUGGAAUGCCGACAGUGGCUCCCACUGGUCUCUCCUCCUGGUGUCCGUCAUCGACCGGGUUGCCUUCCACUAUGACUCCCUGGGCGGCUCUAACUACGGGGCGGCCAAGAGGGGUGUGGAUCGGCUGAGCUGGGUGCUCGGGGUCCCUCUCAAGUUCCACCAGCUGGAUGACUGCCCCCAGCAGGAGAACAGCAAGGACUGCGGCGUCUUUGUGUGCAUCCUGAUGCGGCACCUGCUGAUUAAGCGCCUCCUCAAUGCCAAUUCGAGCGAGAAGGUGUCCAUGUCGAUGGCCGGAAAGAUGAUCGACACCCACGGCGGCAGGAAAGAGAUGCUCAAGAUCGUCGAGUCCCUGCGGAAGGAAGGGGAACGGCGACGAAGCGCUAGCCCAUUUGCGAGGUCAUCGGACGAACCCCCGCGCAUCGACUAGUCCCUUUUGCCACCUCGUCUUGUGGGUGACGAGCACUGCGUAUGCGAUCGGAACGGCGUUUGCGGGUUUGUUUCAGGAUGUCGGCAAGAGUUUCUGACUGAUAUGACGAGACGUACGAGUGUUCAGCGCUCAGCAUGACGUGCAUGAUUCUCGAGGAGUACGGGGCGUCGGGUAGGCGCUGGGUCUGGCUGUUUUGGUUAAGCUGACCGGAGUUUGG